AUGGCCUUGCCAGACCAGUUGCGAAAUCACUCAGUCCACGGCUACAACUUGGCCAAAACUCUUCGGAAAUGGCAGCAUGUGGAGCGAACCUGUGAUGUUCUUGAAAUUUGGGCUGGUGUCGGCUCAGUUGCUUCAGCAGCGCGGAAGCUUUCACUUUCAGCCCGAGAGAUCGAGCUGCACCGAGUGCCUGGCACAACCGAUGACCCGACCAACAAGGAGACUGAAGACCUGAUGUCUGAGCGGGGCGUUGCCAAUGCCCUGGAGGCGUUGAUGUCCAUGAAGCCGGGGGGACUGGUCAUGAUGGGGCCGGUCUGUUCAUCCAUGGUCUUUAUGAACUCCUCAAGGUGCUGCAGGACACAUGACAAUGUUUGGGGGGAUGAGACGUAUGCCCCAGUCCAAGAAGGAAAUCACUUUGCGAAUUGCAUGGUGCUGUUCUUGAUGGUCUCUGACGCUCGCGGGCUACAUGCAGUCUGCGAACAGCCAAAAGGGUCUGUGCUGUGGAAACUCCCGCCGGUAAGACUUGCUCUGGAUCAUUUGCAGCUGACCUCCACCCUAACACCUCGGUGUGCAUUCGACCGCAAGCCGUUCGGACAACGCUUUCUCAAAGUCUUCAAACUCUACGGCCCCUCGUGGAUCCUUAACAUGUGUCGCACGUGCAGGUGCCCCAAUGGAAAGCACCAGGCCCUCGUGAAGACUUCUGCAGAUGGCAGUGUGACUGGCAUCCAUGAUGCACUCGCAGAGUCGGGUGCAUACCCGAAGGCCAUGGGGCACGCCUUGGUUAGAUCCUGGUUGAAGGGGUUGGGAGCAGCAGCGCCGCUUCUUAAUCAGAAAGGCCAGAAGCGCAAGGCCAGCUCGGAGCCAGCAGUGAUGAAGAAGCCUGCAGCGGGUUCCGGCUGGAAGCAGCCUCCCUUGAGUUUGUGA